UGCGGACUCCGUUUAAUUUCCCGCCAAAUCAUUAAAGCCCUGGCCUUGUUGUUUGUGUGUAUGGCUUGCAAGAUGGAAGGCCAAGCAAUUUUAACAAACUAUUUUACAGCUGCAAAAUCCCGUCAAAAUACCCAUCCAGCUAAACGGCGGAAGGUAGUAGCUGAUGCCGAAGUUAUAUUAAGCAAAUCUGCGAAAUUAGGAGACGAAAAAUGCGUGUCUUUGAGCCAAGAGAAGGUUGGUUUGAACGCUGCACAUGCCUCAAGGCCAAUGGCGUCUGCUCGGACAAAACAAGCGAGUCGGUCCAGAAUUAGGCACAGCAAGACAAAAAGCAAGGCUGCACAAAAUAAAAUCGUGUCUGAAGGUGUAGUUUCUGUAACAACGUCGUUAAAAGAUGAUCAUGUGGUUAAAAGAUCGAGAAAGCGAAGUCAAAUCAACAAUGGCUUUGAACCUUCGGCUUCUAAAGUUGAAGAGCUCGCUAUCUCGUCCGCUACUGGCCACGGAGAGGUCAAACCGAGUCAAACUGGCCCGUUAGAAGUCAGAAAAAGUGAAACUGGCCCAGAAGAAAUGAAAGCGAAUAAAACAGAGGAAAAGAUCCUUCCUUCUUUGUCCCAAACAACCGAGAACACAAACACUGAUUUAAAUUCUGCGCCCAAACGGGCCAACAUUGCGAGUCAAUCUCGGGCAGGACUGAAGGUUAACCCAUGGAUAGCAGAACAGGCAAAAUUGGUGCUAUCAAGCCGUGGAAAGCAAGCGUUGGAGAAAAGCCUCGGCAGAAAGAAGGCAACCGGAACUUUGGGCAAAUUAGCUAAGGAGGAAAGUCGGGUUGUGGCAAAGGAGAUGCCCAAAGUCGAGAAAUCGUAUAGUGCGGGUGUGAAGCCUAAAGUUGAUGUACCAAGAUUGAGCCAGGGGGUUACCAUGAGCAUGGGUGCAAAAGCAAACUCUCUGCCUGGUGAAAGGUAAGGUAUUAUAAUUGCAUGGUAUAGCUUUGUGUACCUCAAGAUUACCACUUCUCAGCCUAUUUAACUCAUUAAGCUGCAGAGGUUCUCCAUUGACUAGAAAAAUUUUCUGGCAUUAGACAAGUAAAAAAAAAGUAGGGCACAUUGGGGUUCAAUGGGUUGACUCUCUAGUCAUUGCUGCUCAAUGGGUUGACUUUUUAGUGCAGAGCUUCCCCAUUGAUGAGUUAAAUUGUCUGGUGUUAGAAAAGUAAAAAAAAAAGUAGGCUGCACUGGGGCGCAUUGUGACUCAAUGGGUUAACCCACUGAGUGCUGUCUUCUCUUCUUGAUGAGUAAAACCAUCUGGCUUUAGACAGUAAAAUGGGACGUUCCAGAAAAUAUAGACCCCAUGGAGGAAAUUCCUGCCGUCCUGAGGGGAAGGGGAGAAAAAAAGGCGAUAGGGAUGUAGAUCAACUUAAUGGGUUAACUAGAUGCAUGGGCAGAUAGUCUCGUGAUUAGCCCAUUGAGUGCCAGCACAUAAUUGGAUACAUAUAGUAUGUCAGAAGGUGAUAAUAAAAAUUAUAUCCCACGGUCCAGGACUUAUUUUUUCAUUUACUUGACCUUCUACACCAUUGCAGAUCAGUAAAGAGAAAAGUCAACUGUUUGCAGUAAUUUUGUGCUUGCAUAUACGUAGUCAAGCCCAUAAUUAGGAGUUUAGAUUUAAGCCCCCAAGGCUCGAGAAAUGUCUAGAGUGGUCUGGGUGACAUGCUCCCUCCAAUAUUUGUUAUUUUCUAAGCCUUAAAAAUGAUAUUUGAUGCAUUCUGAGAAACUUUAAAAAAAACAUCCAUCCCAAAAACAGUGACCGAAUGACUAUAAUAAUAUAAUUUUACAGUCAAACUCAUACACAAUUGCACCUAAGAAGGUAAAAAAAAUGAUCAGGUGCAUGAUAAAUUAAACUUCUGCUAUUGGACUGCUCUGGGUACAUCUAACAAAUAUUGACGUUUCAGGAAACUGACCAAGUAGAUCCUUUCAGUAUCUGUUUUUUUCUUUGACCUUGAAACCUUCCUGUUUGAAUUUUUUUCUCCGAAAAUUUGUCAUUGACUUGGUUGACUCAUAGCCAAUUACAGGCCUGGUAGUCGUCUGGGUACCCUGAUCUCUGAGGGGGCACAUUCCAGUUUGUUGUUAGUUUGUGAGUGUUAUUACCGUAUUUGGUUUAUUAUCAACCUUCAAAAUAAUCGGCCUCAUGCAAUAUAACAAAAUAAUGUUUAAUUAAUUCUCUUCUCUUGAUUAUUUUUAGUGGUUCCAAGUUGCCAGCAUACAAAAGAUUUAGCCAUCUUCUUGAAGCUAAGAAACCCAAGCCAUCUGGUGGCACACAGAAUCUUCCUCUCCCGUACCAUUUCAAACUACUUGACGAAAUGUUCCGGUGUGUCGACGUUGUCCUUAGCCUGAAACAGAAGCGAUAUGAAACUUGUACCUUUGAGAAGUUGAAAGAUUCUGUUCAAGAAAUGUGUCGAAAGUAAGUUCAAUUUUACCAUUAAAUGUUUACCAAAAAAUAUUUUUGCAAUGAAGAUGUUCACAAGUUUUCACCACUAAAAGGCUAUUCCGUCAAGGUGAAAUUAUCAACAGAAUUUUUGUGUGAUUGCCUUCUCAAUUCCAAUAAUUAUUUUAAGUAUGAACAGAUGAUUAUUAUAAUGAUUAUUUGAUGAUGAAACAAGAUUUUCUUGAAUAUCAAACACUUAUGGUCGGCAGAGUCAAGAGAAUACAAUUCAGUUCUAAUUAAUGUUCUGUUAAUGUUAACAGCAAGUAAAUACAUGUAAUACAUUAUUAUGCUAAUUAUGCAUCAUCAAAUUGUCUUUACCAAUUAAGCCGCAAUGCGGUCCAGUGCACCCUACUUAUUUUGUACGUGUCUAACGCCAGACGAGUUUACUUGUCAAUGGGGAAGCUCUCCAGUUUAAUGGGUUAAAGUAAGACAAAAAUAUUGUUGCAGAACUUGGAUAUAUAUUGGCAGCAAUUUUUUGGCCACAAGGAUAGGUAGCAGUGUACUAAAAUAAUGUGUAGUGGUUAACAUUGAAUUAUUCAUCCUUUAGAAAAUUUGAGAAAAAGCAUUUGGCACAGAUGAAAGCUGUUUACCCAACAGCCUUUGUCUUUCGGCAACAAAGUAGUCCCUGUGGCCCAAUGAAAUCAGGCUACCAAAUGACAAUUGAUUUCAACUUUGAUGGAAGUCAAGAACAAAAGCCAAAAGAUUUUAAAUUUAUGGAAAGCUCUGUCAUGAUUGCUCGACAAAAACAAUUCAAGAACGAACUGUUGAAGAUUACGAUGAAUCACCAUCGGGAGUACUUGGCAAAGAAUUAUCCAUCGUUAAGUGUUAAUGAUAAUGACAUAAUGAGAUGGCAUCCAUGUUUCCCCCUUGAUGAAGUUCCAGAGAUUGGUCAAUCCACACUUCCAGAGCCUCCACAAGUGAAGACAUUUUCUACUGCCCAGGAUGUCUUGGAUCAGGCUCGGCUUAACACGAUUCCGCGGGUAACUAGAGUCUUUGGUUCAUAUGAAGUAAAAAUUUUAGUUGCCUUAUUGUCUAGAUUUGUGUUAGAAUUAGAAAUAGUUUGUGGUAUAAAUUAUAGACUUGUUCUCAUUCUUCUGCAUUGAGUUUGUUAACCCAUUGAGUACCAACACUCCCCUUAAUAAGUAAAAUUGUCUGGCAUUAUAAACAGAGUAAAAUAAUAAAAUUGGGCCAUUGCAGCUUAAUAGCUGGGUUAAAUAGAAAUGGCAUUAAGUAAUAAAAUGUGGUGCAAUAUAAUACUGCUCAAUGAGUUAAUAUUUUAAAAUUUUUUCCAUAUCUUGCAGGUUGAGAAGGCUUUAAAUAAUGUUGCAAAGAAAUCAUCAGAAACUAACAAUGCAAGAGCUGGCUUGCAAACAAAUGAAAACAAGAAAGAUUCAAAUCAGACCAAGAACCAAAAUCCAUCUUUGAAAGGAGUAUCGCAAUCUCUCAUUGAUAAGGUAGUGCAUUUGAAUCAACAAAUUCACAUUGUAAAACUCAAAGUUCAAAUAUUUUCUUGACUUGCAUAUGUAAGGCCUAAAAGAUUGUUUGUUUCGAGUUUAUCGACUGAUCAAUCCUACUAUAUCAAGAUACCAGAUCCUAUUUUUUAUAACACUUUGUUGGCAAAAAUUAGGAAAUCACAAGUAUUCAUUGAAAUUCAUGUGUGUUUUAUCAUUUGAAUAAAAAAAUAGCAAAAUUUCCAAUCUACUGGACCAAACAUUAUUAAUGAUCGUAACUCAUCUACUCAUUCACAUGCAUCGGAAGAGAAAAUUGCACCAGAAAUUGCAGCAAAAAUUGCAAGUGUAAAUGGGCCUUAACACCGUCAGACAAUUUACCCAUCGAGGGGGGAGUGCUGCCACUCAGUGAGUUAAUAUAAACCCAUAGACACCAAAUUACGUUUUACCCUUGAUUGACAAACUUGUCUCCAGUAACUGAAAUCUUUUUUUUGUAUUGCCUAGAUACGACAAAAGGAGGAGAAGAAAAUUCAUGAAUCUCUCACAGUUGAUUCAGAAGUUGUACAGAAACGUGUUAUGGUGCAGAGAUUACCUGAGCUAUGUCGAAUUUUGAAAACGUAUCCUUUACCACACUUGCUAAAGGCAACUUUAUAGAGUAAUGGGUUAACAAUGAAGUCAGACCUUGCAUCUUGGGACAAUGCAGCUUAAUUUUGGAGUUCCAGAACACUAGUUAAAUCAUUAAUACUUUCUCUUAAUUAAAAAAGUAAACACAGCUAUCUUUCUGAAAUAUUCAACCUUGACUAUAUUCUCAAGAUAUUUUGUUAGUGAACGUAAAGCAGCAAUUCCUUUAGAAGAUGUGAGUAACAAACUCGCAGAAAGCUACACAAGUACAUUAUCAUCAGGUAGAGUAAAAUUUAUGCAACUUGUUUUGAAAAUUUUGUUCAAAUCUAAAUGUUGCCCACAUGCAGACACAGGGCAAAAACAUGUUAUGAAAAGUUUGAAUAUCUUCAUAUCUCCAAUGGGUCUCCCCAUUAGUGCCAUGUUGUCCUCCCUAUUGCCCUGUGGUCCCCUUCUUGCCACGUGGUACCCCCUUUGGCCCUGUGGUACCCCAUUUUUUUUCAUCAAAAAACAAUGAUUUUCAACUCAUAAAAACAUGUUAUGAAAAGUUUGAAAAUUUUUGGUCCCUGAUCUUUGCCCCAAAUUAAAAAAAUUUCAAACCUGUUUUUAUCAGCUGCAAGUAAUUGUUUUGAUGAAAGAAAUGGUUUUCAACAAUUUUCAGAAGGCUUGGAGCAGGCUGAGGCUGGUUUUUUUUUAAAACUCUGUUGUCCCCACAGUUGCUUGUCGGUCCCUCCAUGGCAUUUGACCAAAAUUUUUCAAAAAGUAAGAGUGUUGAUGAAAGGAAUGGUUUUCGACAAUUUUCUGAAAGUUUAGAGUAGGUUGACGCCCUUUUUUAAUUUCUAAAAAAGUUGCUGUGGUCCCCAAUUUUUUGACCAUCUGCGUGGUUUCCACCAUCAUCUGCUGCAGAAUUGCACAGGAAAAGGAACUGUAAUAAUUGUGUUGUAAUUUUAUUUUCAGUUCAAGUUGAAAAACAUGUGAAAUUACUUUCUGAAGUCGCUCCGGAAUGGUUGUCAAUUAUGUACGUGAGGAAAUGUCCUUAUGUCAAAGUAAAGAAGAACGUCAACAUCAAAAGUCUUAUGGAAAAAUUGAAGACGAAAGAAGUAAAUUAGGAAACUCUUAUCGAGUUUAAGAAACGUGUUUCACAUUGGAUAGACUUGGGAAACCAUGAAAACAAAUAUGUAGUGGACAAUCACGACAUUAAACAAUGGUACACAAGAAAAAUGUAGUCAAGAACAAUAGUGGCACAAGAUUAAAGACAUUCUGGUUUUAAUGUUGCAUUUAGUUGAUCACUGGACAUUGAAUAGAUAAUAACAGUUCUGACAAUACUUCUACCGUAUUUGUUUGUGAGCUUUUUAAUUAAAGAAAGGUUUUGUUAGCCUCUCCACUUGUGAUUAUAGCUACAUACAGCCAAAUUAACACAUGCUUAGAAAAUCAAAAGUAGCCCGCUUUAAAAGAAUAAAAAAGUGCCUAAAAAUGAUCAACAAGUAAACGUUCCUUAACUCUUUUUUUAGGUAUUUAUAUGGCCAUUCGCCAUUUUCACGGCCACUUUUUCAAAAACUCGAAAAGUGGCCGAAAAUGCCCAAAAUGUUAAGGGUUAUAACCGUUUACUUUUUGGUCAACUUUUAUCACUUUUUCAUAGUAGUCUUCUUCAAAGUAGCUAUAUAAAGAUGGUCAAAAAAGUAAAUGUGUUAAAAAUGAUUUUAAAAAUAACUAAAAAAGAAAGAUAUCCUUAAUUCUUAAUUGUUCUGACAACAUUUUGGCCUCCAAUCUU